AGUUUAAAAUAAAAAAGCAGAGUCUUUUCUUCAAGAAGAUUUUCACACUCUCACUAACUCGCACACACACACAAGAAGAAGAAGAGUCCAUCACGAAUCUGAGCUAUUAUGAGUUGGUUAUGGAAAAAAGAUUCAUCCUCCUCCUUCUCCUCCGACGCCGGUAGCGAUUUCACAGACCAACAGCUCGGAGACUCCAAUUCCAACGGGUACUGCACCACCACGGAGGUUGAAAGAAAGGUGUGCAAGACGACGAAGGGCUGGCGUGGUAAAUCCGUCAAGAAAUGCGAAGAAUCCAAGGAGUUCCACAUCCGUUGUGUAGGAAAGCCUUACAGAGUCGUCCAAACCAACACGGAAGACGAUCUCAAGGCUUUCCCGAAGCAGGAUGAUGAGAAACCUCCAAUGCUCUCUAUCGAUGCAGGUGCCAUGAAACGAAAGAUGAAAGAGGCUCUUGGAACCAGCAGGUAAAAGAGGAAAUGGAUAGCCUAAAUACCCCAAGAAGAGCCCACUAGGUUUCACAGAGAAUGCAAGAGGCAAAUCAACAUGAAGCCUAUCUUUCUCACCUCUACUUUAGUUUCUUGCUUUCUAUCUUUAUUAAUCUUUUGUUGUUACUGAAUGUAACUUCAAUGUUAGAAAAGAACGCAGCAUUUUAAUGCAUUGGAUCUAGAGUUUUAAGUAAUCUCUUGUCGAACUAUGUUUGAAGUAUUCUGAGUAUCUUUUGUCUUGCACAUUGUGUCAUUCCAAGUUAAGACUCUUUGUAGUAGUGCAGAGGAUCUAGAACAAAUCUGGUGACAGAACACAUGUUAUACUUUCCAAAGAUUUUAUGAUGUCUGAAACACAGAAUCACUUUCUUGUUCACAAGGAACAGUAGUAAAGAAGAUCAGAUGGUGUGUUCCUCCUACCAACACAGAAAACAUCAAAGUAAAGAUUCUAUAACCUCAUUCCUCAA